AUGACGAUUGAGUCGCAGAAGAGACGUCAUCGACGAGCAAUCAGCGAAGGAGGCCAUGAUGCAAGAAUGAGGAUGAACUGUCGGAAACACAGACGGCCUCUCAGCAUUCCCUUACAGCAGUUUGACUCUAUAGUCCUCAAUGAUGAUGGAAGUAUAUUGGAUGAGUUACGACCAAGCGCCUCCCAGACAUCCAUGGCGGCAGAUCUCGGGGAUGUUGCUACGGACGACUCCUUUCAACGGGAGGUUGCAGAGAAGACCAAACUAUUUUUCAUUGGAAAACAGGAAGCGGAAAUAGAGGUGUUCAUAGAUAGGAUUAUAGCGCGUGAAGGCAACAAAGAUAGAGCUUUACUACAUGUGGUGUCAACCAUUGAAAAUGAACCAAGAGUACAGAUGCUAGUCAACACCCUUCUCCAUAGAGGAGCCAACCCUUCCGCCAGCGACCAACACCUUCGGACACCCUUACACUACGCCGUGGAGAAGAACUUCAAGGGUGUGUGUACAAAACUGCUGGAGCAUGACGCGUGGCCGAAUGCACGAGACCAUGACAAUAUCAUGCCGUAUACGAUAGCUUAUGAGAACGGUAACGACGAGGUGGCAUCUUUGUUGAUACUGUACAUGCCUAAUAGCGAAGUGAGGCAGUUAUAUACCAGUGAUGGACACAAGAUAUCGGAGUUCAGUUUUCACACGCUUUUACAGAAAAACAUGCAGAAAACAGUUUUAUCGGUAUUAGAUUGUAUGAUUGACCGUCGAAGUCCAAGCGGUCACCUGCGCGUGUACUAUCAGGUGCUGGAUGGGGACGAGGAGGGUAGGUCACCUCUACAGGAAGGUUUUAACAGAAAUUCUAAGUCACCACUCCAAAUUCUAGCCAAGGGAGGUAAUAAGAAUAUUGUCUACCACGACGUGGUCCGUCUUCUUAUCCGGCGAAAGUGGAAAGAAUAUGCUAGGUUACGCUUCGAAAUGAACUCGCUGGUGUAUUUCGUCACCCUGGUUACGAUGACGUUCUCGGCUGUUGUGGCCGCUAUGUGUCCCGACCCACUUCAAUACGAUCUGCCACUCCAGAUUGGGAGAGGUGUCUGUGAGGUGUGGACUGUCACCAUCAUACUAAUGACUAUCUUUCAGGAGGCAAACCAAUUCCGAAAGCAACGACUAGAGUACUGGACGGACGCCUUUAAUUGGAUAGAUAUGUCAUCGUCCCUCUUACUGGCAACAGCGGUACCUCUCAGAUUCACGGAGAGGUCUGAACAGUGGCCAGUCUUUUCCAUAGGCUUUCUGCUCUGGACGCUCCGCAUUUUCAAAUACGCUGCUGUCUUCAGACAGACAGGUGCAUACGCCCAGAUCCUAUGGCGAAUUCUAGCACAUGACUUCAUCCAGUUCACCAUCGUGUUUACGGUGAUCCUCUUGGCUUUUAGUGGCUCGUUUCUUUUGUCGCUUCGUGGCGAUGGCUCGCUCAAUACACACCAGGACACAAGUUCAUUCUGGAACAUUCUCUUCCUUGGCGUCCGGAUACUUAUCGAAGCUGAAAGAAUUAUUGAAUACACCGAGCUUUCACCAAUGAGCUGCCUCCUGAUGGUCCUGUUUCUGUUCACGUGCUGUGUUGUCUUGCUUAAUAUCCUCAUUGCUCAACUCAGCGACACAUACCAGCACGUGCAGCAAGACGCACAAAGAGGGUUAGAGGUCAAUAGGGCGUGGAUAGUCGCUCGAGUGGAACUCAACAGUUUCAUACUUGGAAAGGAUCACCGUACCAAUUACUAUAAGGAUUACGAGGAUAUCUGUGAUAUAAAACAUGUACUGGAGCGCUGGGAAACCCCGCCAUUGAACGAAAUGAACAAAAACAUUCAGGAUAUCUGGGACUCCCUUCAGUCACACAAACUCAAUGUACUCACUGUACACAACAGACUGGCACGCCAGGAAACAGCCCUACUCAAGUUGCAAGAGAAUGUUCAAAACAUCCUUGAGAUUCUGCAGUCGAAAUCUACUGCCCACUCGACUCCUAGCGGCGACCAAGCCGAAGGACCCGAAACGAGUUUAAGUGACGUAACAUUUGAAAACUGAGAAAAUUGGUUAUCGUUGUUAUUCUCAAUUAAUGAAAUUAUCAGCAUUAUAUUUUAUAACAA